UCGUGCUAGUAUCACUGUCUCUUAAAACUACUAGAAAUCAUUUCAUAUUUUUGUACCGAAAAAUGCAGUGUAUCGUUUAAUAUGUAUAAACAUAUUAUAUUGCUUUGAGAUUAAAAAAGCUUAAAAAUUGUAAAAUAAUGAAUAAAUUCAAAUCUCUAAGUGAUUCUAGCACAAGUGAAAGUGAGGAAGACUAUGGAAAACGUAAAACUAAUGCAUCAUAUGAAUCCUGGAGUGGAUUGAAAAGAACUCAUAGUACUGAUGAAGAGGAAAGCCAUGCUGAUUUAUUUGUGAAAAUGGCCAAUGCUGGUACAGCAAAUUUUAAAAGUCCAAAUAAAUACUCUGAAAGACGAUUCAGUACUGAUGAUACUGAAGAUGAAAUUUCAGAACCAGUUUCUAAAAAAUCUAAAGGGGAUUUCAAAAAUCCUGCAAAAUACAUUGAAAGAGAAUUAUUAACUGAUCAAACUGAUAGCGAUAGUGAAGAAAAAAGUGCACCAGCAAAACCAGUUGUAGCAAAUAUGCCUAGUAUGGAUAUUUUGAAUGGCAGUUAUGGAGUUGGUAUGAAAAUGAUGGCAAGAAUGGGAUAUAAAACAGGUAAAGGUUUAGGUAAAAAUGAACAAGGAAGAGUUAACAUUGUUGAGGCUUCUAAACAACGUGGCCGAAGAGGUCUUGGUCUCAAAAUUGCUGGUUUGGAACCUUCUGAUAUAGUUUGGGAUGCUUCUCAAGAAAAGAUAAGUAUUAAAGAGGAAAUUGAUUGGAUGCCUGAUUUAAAUUUGAAGCUUCCAAAACUUUUCCAAUUACGUGAAUGGAUUGCAGAGGGAAAGAAAAUAGAAACCAUUGCAAAUGAAACAGAAUUUUGUGAUCCUGAAAUUUUGAAGAAAGUUAUUACUUAUAAGAAUGUGUUUGAUAAUUUAGAACCAGAAGAAAUGAGAAAAGCAAGAACACGUUCAAAUCCAUUUGAAACCAUUCGUGGUGGGAUUUUCCUGAAUAGGGCUGCAAUGAAAAUGGCUAAUAUAGAUGCAAUGUUUGAGUUUAUGUUCACUGAUCCAAAAGAUAUGUAUGGUAAAUCAGCUGUUGGUGAGAAUGAACUUUUAUAUUUUGCUGAUGUUUGUGCUGGACCUGGAGGGUUUUCAGAAUAUGUUCUUUGGAGGAAAAAAUGGGAAUGUAAGGGAUUCGGUUUCACUCUGAAGGGUCCAAAUGAUUUCAAACUUGAAGAUUUCUUUGCUGGUCCACCUGAAACUUUUGAACCUUACUAUGGGGAGGAUGAGGAUGGUGAUAUUUAUUCACCUAGAAAUCUGAAGUCCCUUCAGAUGUUUGUUCGCUCGAAUACAGAGGGCAAAGGAGUCCAUUUUAUGAUGGCUGAUGGUGGAUUCUCAGUUGAAGGAAGAGAAAAUGAACAAGAAAUUCUAUCUAAAAGAUUAUAUCUUUGUCAAUUCCUUUGUGCUCUUCUUAUUCUCAGGAAAGGUGGACAUUUUGUUUGCAAAUUAUUUGACCUAUUCACUACUUUUAGUGUUGGACUAGUCUACUUAAUGUGCAUGGCUUUUGAAAAGAUAUGCAUUUUUAAACCCAACACUAGCAGACCAGCAAAUUCUGAAAGAUACAUUAUUUGCAAAUGGUUGAAAGAAGAUAUCAAAGAUAUUACUGAUUAUAUGUUUGAAAUAAAUGAAAAAUUAGGAAAAUAUUCUAGUUCAACAUGUGAUACAGACAUUACAGAAGUUGUCCCACUUGAUAUUUUAAAGGAGAAUGAGGAAUUUUAUGAUUAUAUUGUUACCUCAAAUAAUAAAUUAGGAGCUAAUCAAAUUAUUCAUUUGGACAAAAUAAGAGUUUUUGCUCAAAACACUAAUUUACAUGAAGAAAAACAAAGUGAUAUACGAAAGGAAUGUUUAGCACUUUGGAAAGUGCCAGAUAAAGCCAGGUCUGCUCCUCCUAGAUGUGAACCAAAUGGUGCAUAUAAACAGUUGAUGCAGGGAGAAAACCUAAAUUACAUUAAUAAUCCUCCUGAACCUCUUACUCCAAAUUUAUUGCAAAAACUAGAUAGAAUUUUUGAUUACCAUUGUGUAGUAUGUGGCGAAACAAAAAUACCACCUAGUUUGUUCAUUAGCUUAGGGAAAUCUAAUAUCUAUCAAUAUGAUCCAAAUUCUUCAAAAUGGCUGAAACUAGAACUCAUAUUAGAAUUACCAGCUAAUACUUUAUUUUACGGAGAACUUAUUCAAGAGCUUAAGGGAGAGUCUAGGGCACAGAGAAGAAUUUCAGCUUUACAUAUCAUUGAUGCCAUAUUCUUAGGAGGAAAUGAUGUGCGAGAGUUUCAUUUUGAAAAAAGAAUGCAGUUGGCUGAAAAAUUAGCAAAAGCAGUUGCUAAGCCCAGUAGAUCAGAUUAUGUUCCUUUUAGAGUAAAACAAAUUUGGAAUUUGCCAAACAUUGAAGAAAUAUUUGAUAGAUUAGCUAUGAGAGUUGUAAAGAAUUCCCAUGUUCCUAGGCUGUGUUUUGAUUUAGGUGAUGGACGCCAUAUUAUUGCUACAGGUUUACUUAUUUUUAAAACUACAGCAGAUCCUUGGAUGACAGCCUUUAGCAAAACAAAUCAAAAGUUAUAUUUAUUUAAUACUAAAAAAAACAUAUCUAUUUUUGAGAAGUUGGAGGAAUGCAAUGCCAAUUUUAAAUCAUGCUAUAGUGGACGUAUUCUGUGGAGUUGGGAAAGAGGCGUGCAAUUAAUUGAAGAACAAAAUAUUAAACGUGAUAGCUCUCUUGUCCAUGGUGAAACAAUUGCUAAUUUUGUGAGGCAUUUAUGGAAUAAAAUGACUGGUCGAUAAUUUUAUUGAUACAGCAGCUUUCAAGUGUUUAAAUGCAUAUUUAAAAAAAGUCAAAUACACUGGGGAAAAAAGUCAUCCAACAAACUGUUGUGUUUUUCAUAUUAUCAUGUCUCUAUUUUUAAGAGAACUGCUUGAAUCAUUUAUCAUCAAUUUUAUUUUGUACAUAAAAUAUUUAUAAAAUGUAAAUUUAAUUAUUAAAAUAUUAUAAUAAA